UCCCCCUUCCUUGUUUUGAUCAGAGAGAGAGUGAAACGAAUUCGAUCGGUUGAGUGAGUGAGUUACGACGACGAGGAAGGAGAAAGACGAAGAGGGUGAUGGCUUCUUCAGAGACGCCGACGCAAUCAUACAGCGAGAAAUGGUAUUGGGACGAUCGCUACACGAACGAAUCUGAACCGUUCGAUUGGUACCAGAAGUAUCCAUCAUUAGCUCCUCUCAUUAAUCUCUAUGUUCCUCACCGUAAUCAACGAGUCCUCGUCGUUGGCUGUGGAAACUCAGUUUUUUUCUGGAAUAAUGCAGCGUUUAGCGAAGGGAUGGUGGAUGAUGGAUACGAAGAUGUUGUCAGUAUCGAUAUUUCCUCUGUUGUGAUUGAUACUAUGCUUAAGAAAUAUUCUGAUCGUCCUCAGCUCAAAUAUUUGAAGAUGGAUGUGCGUGAUAUGAAGGCAUUUGAAGAUGCUUCUUUUGAUGCUGUUAUUGAUAAGGGAACCUUAGACUCCAUUUUGUGUGGGAGCAAUUCGAGGCAAUACUCAACACAAAUGCUUGAGGAAGUUUGGAGGGUCCUCAAGGAUAAAGGAGUCUAUAUCUUGAUUACAUAUGGAGCUCCAAAUUACCGUCUUCGAUUGCUUGACGAAUCUUGCUCUUGGGCAACCAAACUCCAUGUGAUAGACAAAAGUUUAACCGAUCAACCGUCUGAUACCCCAAAAUGGGAACUGACAAAACCUGUUCCUCUAGAUGCUGAGGGAAGUUCAGUGGAAUCUGCGAUUGGCAAAAGCCCUGAUGUUCAUUACAUCUAUGUCUGUAUUAAGGUGUGUGGAUGAGUCGUUGAAGAUGGAGGCAGACGCACCAUGAAGUCGUGGGAACCUUUUUUUUUUUUUUUCUAAUAUCUUGAGUUCAUGAUUACUCCGUAAUUAGACGACUAAAACUUAAAAUUUUAUUGCCAAUGGUAAAUGUUGGUUUUCUUUACAUCGAA